GCAAUCAGAAAAAAAAAAACCAAAAAACAUGGCGUCCUCCAAGGUGUCGCACGUAGUGGCGGAUUCCGGAGCGUUCCUGAGAAAUGCCGCAUUACAGGAGAUCGGGGCUCACAUCUACACCGUGCGGGACGUGGUGAACGAGAUCCGGGACAAGCCGACCAGGAGGCGCCUGGCUGUGCUGCCCUACGAGCUCCUGUUCAGGGAGCCCAAGGCGGAGAGCAUCCAGCUGGUGACAGACUUCUCUAAGAAGACCGGGGAUUAUGUCAGCCUCUCAGCCACUGACAUCAAGGUCCUUGCUCUCACCUAUCAGCUUGAAGUUGAACAUGUUGGCACAGAACAUAUCAGAAAGGAGCCGCCACAGAAGAUCUCUGUUAGCUCCACAGCUCAACACCCGGAGGCUCCACUCAAUGUGGCUGGUUUCCAUUUCCCCUCCAAGUCCACAGGUAAAAAAGACGACUCGUUGAAGCCAGCGGUGACGGGGGAGACUGAAGACUCCACAGAGAACAAAGAGUACAAUUCUUUUUCCUUCUGGAGAAGCCCCCUGCCGAACAUCGAGGAUGAUUUGCUGGAAUUAAUGAAUGCCCAGUCCGUGUCUGUGACUACAAGCCCAGAGGAGGCUCCUGUGUCUGUGCUGGGCCAUAUAGCAGAUACAUUUGUCAAUGCUGAGGAGGAAGGCGAAGAGGACAACGCAGAUGAUGGUGGUGGUGAAGAAGAGGAGGAGGAGGAGGAUGAUGGGGGAGGCUGGAUAACGCCCAGUAACAUCAGACAAAUCCAGCAGGAUAUGGGCAGUCGGGAGGCUCCAGUGAAUGUGGUGGUCGGCUGCGUGUGUACAGACUUUGCCAUGCAGAACGUACUCAUACAGAUGGGGCUGCACGUGCUCUCCGUGGACGGUAUGCUGAUCCGCCAGACCAGAAACUACGUUCUGCGCUGUCAUGGCUGCUUCAAGACUACAGCCGAUGUGACCAAGAUGUUCUGUCCCAGCUGUGGGAAUAAGACUCUGAAGAAGAUUGCCGUGUCUGUAAAUGAAGAUGGCAGCCUCCAUAUGCACUUCUCCCGAAACCCCAAAGUUUUCAAUACUCGUGGGAUGCGGUACUCCUUGCCAGCCCCACAAGGUGGCAAGCAUGCAUCAAAUCCACAUUUAGUCUGUGAUCAACAAUUCCCCCAGCAGCGUCUCUCCAGAAAGGCCAGAUCCAAAACGGACGUCUUUAACCCUGAUUACAUUGCUGGAGCCUCGCCCUUUGCAGAAAAUGACAUAUACAGCCGUGCUGCUAAUUUGAACAUCAGAGAUGGAGCAAUAGGAGCCGGGCGAAGGCGGGUGAACCCUAAUGCACCCCGAAAAAAAGGAGUAAAGAAGAGAUGAGUUCUGUAAUUGCGGGGUAGGGCAGAAUGAUGGAUCUGAGGACAUUUAUUUAUAAUGUGCCUUAAGUUGGCCUGGCCUUGUAGAGGAAUGGGUGUGAUAUAUGGACUGGCAAUUACAUUACAAGUAUAGUCAUCACCUAGUGGACAUGACUGGAUUUGUAGCGAUGGCUACGCUGCUAAACAAACAUUAGUGUUCUGGCCUGUUCCCUUUUAAAAUGUAACUGCACAUUCACAAAACUUUUGGUAUGCAAAACCUUUUGAUGGGUUGGGUCCAGCGCUGAGACCCCCACUGAUCACUUAAACACCGGGGCAGAAGCGCUUAAAGGGGUAUUCCCGUUUUGCUAUUUUCAGCAUCAGUUGACCGGAAACAACACGUUCUCAAUCGCUAAUAGUGAUUGCCCCAUUUUCCUGCGGUCCAUCGCUGUCAGUUGACAUUUUCCACUGUUGUUGUACCCUGGCCCGAUGACAUGGCGUGCACAUGUA